AAAACUCGUUCAGGUUAUUGUGAUGCUUAUUAUCAGCGAGGAUUGUGCCGUAUGCGUCUACAGCAAGCCAACUGUGUGCAGGACUUCAACAGGGCUCUUGACAUCAACCCAAGACAUUUCCAGGCCUAUUUGUGUCGAGCAGCUUUCUAUGGAUUCAGAAAGAGAUACUCAAAAGCCAUCAUGAAUUGCAAUGCUGCAAUCAAAGUUCAGCCGCACAGCGUAAGAGCUUAUCUCUACAGAGGGGCAUUAAAGUACUACAUAAAGGCAUAUAAACUGGCCAUUCUGGAUUUAACAAAAGCUGCAGAUUUGGAUCCAUCAUGCUCUCUUGUAUAUUACAACAGAGGAGUUUGUUACCAUCAGAUGAAGAUGUAUGAGGAGGCUUUGAAAGAUUAUGCUAUUGUACUUCUUCUGGGAGGAUGGAAAGAAGCUGAUGUUAAAGUUCUUGUUAAUCGCGGAUUGCUGUACCUUGAGCUUCAUGACUAUGCCAAUUCAUUGGAGGACUUCAAAGCUGUGGCUAGGAAAACUCCAGGAGACAUAAAGAUCCAUCAGGUGAUAGGAGACUGCCAUCACAGGUAUUAACAUCCUAAAAAGUUUGUUUA